GUGGAAACAGCUGACAGGGAUUUGAUUGCAUCCGUUGUUGCUGUAGUGAUUUAAUAUCUUCCUUGAUGUGUUGCACCAGUAUUUCUACAUAGUUUUCAUAUUGAUAAUGGUAACUUAAUCCAUCUGCAAGAUGUCACGUCAUAGAAUUGUACGAGCAAUGGAUUAUUCUGAAGAGUAUGAUGGGUUUGAUGAUGUUUACGGACAUUCUGUGGAAGAUGAUAACUGCAUCUCACCGAGUGAUGCUGCUCAGUUUAUGUUCGACCGUACGAGGCAGCCUCAGAUGUCAGCCUUUUUCAAUGAAGAAAAUGACAUUGCAGAAGAGGAUGAAUCAAAUCCAGAGAGAUCCGGACAAGUCCGACAUUCUGGAGUGUGCCAACGGCACGGUCUCAGCGAGGUGGAUGAAGCACGGUUGCGAUCAUGCCUUGAAGAAAUACACAAUGUCAUUGGUGAUUCAGUUCCAGAGCAAAUUCUGGUAGACACAGUUCUGCAGAAUGAGUUUAAUUUGGAAAAGGUGCUGGAUGCUGUAUUGAGCAAUGCACCUUCUGCUGCAGAGAAACCACCUGCAGGUGCUCCAAAACCACAGCGGGAGAAGAGAAGCAGAGAUAGAGGUGCUAAACGAGCUACAGCUGUUCCUGACAAACCUAGAAUUGAUGAUUCCAGUACUAGUGAUAAACAGAUUGGUGUUGUCCUCGAAGAAAAUAAAUUUGCUUCAACGCCUGUGGUGAAGGUGGUUCCUCCUGGCACCAAAACUAUCAGCAUCACAAAGGGUUUUGAUGUAGCUCCAGGGAAAUCUCAGACAGAUUGCAGUGAUAAUCUGAAGCCUGAUUCCGACGCUUCUUCCCUGAGAUCUCAGUCUCCAUCAUCUGGCAGAAUUAGUCCAGCCAGUACAGGAGUCGACAUUACCGACAGCUCAUCUGAUAGCAAGGCUCUGCCUGCAAGAGAAGCAAGGACUGCAGGAAGGUCUCGUGACAAGGUGGAUGUCCUGGCGCAGUACCUGCAAGAGCGUGGACACAGCAAGGAACAGCUGCAUAUGGUUGUGAUUGGGCAUGUGGAUGCCGGCAAGAGCACUCUCAUGGGGCACCUUCUGUACCGGCUGGGACAGGUCACCAAGAAGAUAAUGCAUAAAUAUGAGCAGGAAAGUAAAAAACUUGGAAAACAGUCUUUCGUUUAUGCUUGGAUUCUGGAUGAAACUGGCGAAGAGAGAUCACGUGGCAUAACAAUGGAUGUUGGUCAGUCAAAAUUUGAGACGGCAACGAAGGUAGUUACACUUUUGGAUGCUCCAGGCCAUAAAGACUUCAUUCCCAACAUGAUUAUGGGAGCAACUCAGGCGGACGUCGCUCUGCUGGUGGUGGAUGCCACUAGAGGGGAAUUCGAAACAGGUUUUGAAAGUGGUGGACAAACUAGAGAACAUGCCCUGUUGGUACGGUCAUUGGGUGUCUGCCAGCUUGGUGUUGUGGUGAAUAAGCUGGACACUGUUGGCUGGUCACAGGAGAGGUUUCAAGAGGUUGUAGGAAAACUUGGAGCAUUUCUUAAGCAAGCUGGAUUUAGGGAGUCUGACGUGACAUUUGUUCCAUGUAGUGGCCUCACUGGAGAGAACCUCGUUUCUCCUCCAUCAGAGGACAUGCUGCUACAGUGGUACAAGGGACCAUGCCUUCUGGAUGUUGUAGAUAAAUUUAAGUCUCCAGAACGACCCAUCUCAAAACCAUUCCGAUUAUCAAUAAAUGAUAUCUUCAAGGGAACGGGAUCUGGCUUCUGUGUCUCUGGACGUGUGGAAACUGGAAUGGUCCAGGUUGGGGACAAAGUUCUUGUCCAGCCUCAGAAUGAAGGUGCAAUAAUAAAGGCUCUGAGUAUCGAUGAUGUGGCUGUGCAAGUGGCAUAUGCUGGCGAUCAAGUAAGUGCGACCUUGUCAGGGAUUGACAUGCAGAAUGUUUCGGUGGGCUAUAUCCUGUGUGACCCAACGCAGCCCAUUCCGGUCACAUCUCAUUUCGAGGCUCGCAUUGUUGUCUUCGAUACCAAACUGCCCAUAACGAAAGGAUAUUCAGUGAUUCUCCAUCACCAGUCAUUACUUGAACAGGCUGUCAUCACGAACCUGGUGGCACAGUUGCACAAGAGUUCUGGAGAAGUUGUCAAACGACGACCACGAUGUCUGAUGCGCAACUCCAAUGCUGUUGUUGAGCUUCAAACGUCCCACCCUAUUUCUAUUGAGCUGUACAAGGACAUCAAAGAACUUGGGCGAUUCAUGUUGAGAGUUGGAGGAGUCACAGUUGCCGCAGGCCUCGUUACGCAAAUAUUUUAAUGCAGGCCAAGGGAACUGACGCUGCUGCAGAAGUCACUGAAAAGUCUCUCAAAGUGAAGACUGGGGUCUGACUACCAGAUACUGUCCUUAUGUUGCAUAAUUCCUUAGUAUUUGGUAUGCGAAACACAAGUGCAGUAGUGUCUCUUUUAACAGAAUGACUCUCUUCAUAUGCCAGUGUAUGUAAUAAAAGAUGCAUGGACUGUA